GAGCAUACAACCAUUCUCAUCAACAUGAGACAUUGACUUGUAGACAAUUUCUGUAACUUUCAUAAAGCUGGCUAAAAGCCUCAGUCAGUAUUUAUAUAAGAAUACAUGUCUGUUCUUGUUUUUCAAAAAUGCCUAGAACAGUUGGUUCCUCAGAUAAACCUGUGAGAUCCUUUUAUUCAGUAAAAUCAGUGUAUCCAGAGGUACUUGUUUCCCCGCCUUCUGGGGAAUUAGGUCUCAGAUGGAAACGUCCCAUUUCAAAAGGCCUUGCGGUAUCUAUCUCUGCCUACCGCUCGUUUUACAGCCUCACUUUAAAAUGUUAGUCUGUUUUUUUAAAAAGGGUUUGUGACGGCAUCUGCCAUGGUAAUAAAGUGUAAGCAACCUCGCGCUAGGUACUGAACAAUUUCAUAACUUUGAACUCUCCAAAAUGUUCUAGAAGCCAAUAUAGAAAACCCAGAAAUUGCAAUUUUUGUUUGCAGAAGGAGCACGAGACCGGGUUGUGUUCGCCCUCCACCAAGUACCCAGGGCUAGCAUACAGUCGGUCUAACACACAACCCAGGCUCUGUAAACUUUUGCUAAAAGAACGAAUCAGCAAGGAAUAAGUAAUGGAGAGUAAUGAUGAAUAAUAAUGAUUCCAUUCUUCCUGCUGUCGUGGGUCUGGCAGGAGUAAAUUCCGGCCCGGAUUCCGACCCCAGGCCCAGAGCGGGACUCCCCUCUGCGCCCAGGAGGGGGCGGGACCUGAGGGGCGCUGGAGGGGCGCGGCGUCAAUGGGGACCCCGCCCAUGUUGGGGGCGGGGCCUGCGGCGCGCGGGAAGAAGGCGCGCGGCGCGGGAGGUGACGGCGCGGCUGACGGUCCGGGUCACUGCAGAACUGUGCCGGAGAAACGUUUUGCCCCUUCGAGACUCAGGAGGAUGAAAGUCAUCACUUGUGAAAUAGCCUGGCACAACAAGGAGCCCGUGUACAGCCUGGACUUCCAGCAUGGAACAGCCGGAAGGAUCCACAGACUGGCGUCUGCAGGCGUGGACACCGCUGUCAGGAUCUGGAAGGUAGAGAAGGGACCAGAUGGAAAAGCCAUCGUGGAAUUUUUGUCCAAUCUUGCUCGUCAUACCAAAGCCGUCAAUGUUGUGCGUUUUUCUCCAACUGGGGAAAUUUUAGCAUCAGGAGGAGAUGAUGCUGUCAUCCUGCUGUGGAAGGUGAAUGAUAACAAGGAGCCAGAGCAGACCGCUUUUCAGGAUGAGGACGAGGCCCAGCUCAACAAGGAGAACUGGACAGUUGUGAAGACUCUGCGGGGCCACUUAGAAGAUGUGUAUGAUAUUUGCUGGGCAACUGAUGGGAAUUUAAUGGCUUCUGCCUCUGUGGAUAACACAGCCAUCAUAUGGGAUGUCAAUAAAGGACAAAAGAUAUCGAUUUUUAAUGAACAUAAAAGUUACGUCCAAGGAGUAACCUGGGACCCUUUGGGUCAAUAUGUUGCUACUCUGAGCUGUGACAGGGUGCUGCGAGUGUACAGUACACAGAAGAAGCGUGUGGCUUUUAAUGUUUCGAAGAUGCUGUCUGGAAUAGGGGCUGAAGGAGAGGCAAGAAGCUACCGGAUGUUUCACGAUGACAGCAUGAAGUCGUUCUUCCGAAGACUGAGUUUCACUCCUGAUGGAUCUUUGCUCCUCACGCCAGCUGGAUGUGUGGAAUCCGGUGAAAAUGUAAUGAAUACCACUUACGUUUUCUCCAGGAAGAAUCUUAAAAGCUUGAACUUCCCUCUUCUAACUAGAUGUGAGCAUGCUGGUAAGGUCUCUAACUUUUCCCUGUUUUGGGGACAAAGGUCCAGUGAUGGCGCCUUCCUGGCCAUUUCUUCCACGGACGGUUACUGCUCGUUUGUCACAUUUGAGAAAGAUGAACUUGGAAUUCCUUUGAAAGAGAAGCCAGUUUUGAGCAUGAGAACUCCUGAUACAGCAAAGAAAACCAAGAGUCAGACACCUCGAGGGUCUUCGCCAGGACCCAGACUGGUAGAGGGAACCCCUGCCAGCAGAACCCAAGACUCCAGCAGCCCCAGCACGACCCCCCCACAGGCCAGACAGGCCCUAGCCCCAGCAGCCAUCAGGGACUCUCCCUCCGUCACCCCUGCUGUCAAAAGCUUCUUGCGCGGGCCUUCGGAGGAGAAGAGCUUGCAGCCUAGUAGUCAAAACACAAAAGCUCAUCCAUCCCGGAGGGUCACUCUGAACACACUGCAAGCCUGGAGCAAGACAACGCCCCGGUUCUUUGGGGCCCGUCAGCCCUUCCCUUGUCACCACACAUCGCAUUCCAUAGCAGGUGCUUCGAUGCUUCAGUUUCCCCUGCUGGUUAUGAGCCCCCAGGAACAGGAACCCUGGGCUUCCAGAAUUCUUCAUUUAUUUCCCAACCUUAUGUUUGUUAAUGUUGCAGAGACGCCUGGAGAUGCUCAGGGCCGUCCCCUAGAGCUAAAGCGGCCCAGACUCGAUGAAAACAAAGGAGACACGGAAAGUCCGGACCCUUGAUGGGACCUUGGCUUCUGCUGGAAGCCUGCCAGGACGCCAUCUGUGCAGAGAGGUGGCAAAGCUGGAGAUGCCUGAGACCAGGGCUUCCGUGGAGUGGGACAGGCACUAACAGAAGUGGCGUGUGUACUGAAUUUUCUCCAGAAAUAUAGCGUAUUCAAUAUCCAUUUUUAACUUGGGGACGUGAAUGUUUUAAUAUAGUAAAUCCUCUGUUGGAUGAGUUUCUGAACCUGGAGCAGUUCAACGUUAUCCAGUGUGAAAAUGAGUGAGUCCUCCCUGGCGUCGUUGUGAAAGUGCACACGCUUCAUGGAGGGACUCUGUUUCAAUUAGAAUUAGGGAGAUGAGAAAGUAAUGAGAUUUCACUCUGUUGCAUUUUAGAGUAUUUGAAGUGAUUGUUAGAUUUCACUUCUAAGAAGGUGAUUGAUUAAACUUUGGAAGGUG